UGAAAAUUCAGUUAAUUCAAUGAAUACUCACCCUUAGGCAUGGAUGAACAUUGAAAUUCCAUGUGAAAAGAUUCCCAUCAAAUACAUAACCAGGAAAAGAACAAGCCCAGAUUUUCUCAAUCUUACCAAUGAAAGAUCAACCGACAUUCUUCUUUUUUUAAUUCAGAAUCCACGGAAAAUAUUCUUCAUGGAACUUUGUUGGUUACCAAGCAAACAGCCCUCUCGUGACCCUCCUACGGACUGGAUUCACAUGACGUUUAUAGAAUCAUAAGCUUCAGGAGAUUCCUAUAAGUAAUUGAUUCUAGAGCAAGAGGUGCUAACUUGGCAUUGGAUUCAGGGAUAGUUCUUGAGGCAAGAGAAAUGGCCAUGGCAGGUGAGAGACUUCUGGUGCAUUGCCUGGCAGUGAUGUUGCUCAUUGCAUUGGUGGAAGGAGCCACCAACGAGCCAACCAUAUGUAACAUUGCCCUGACCAAGCUGAAACUGUGUCGGCCAGCGGUCACCGGGAAAUACCCUCCACCACCAACCAAGGAAUGCUGUAGUUUGAUGAAACAGGCCAACUUGACUUGUCUCUGCAAAUUCAAGGAGGCUCUUCCUGCCUUUGAGAUCGAUCCUGCCCGUGCAUUUGCAUUGCCUAAGAAGUGUAAUCUUCGCACACCACCACAAUGCAAGGUCUGAAGAACUACAAGCUCACAUCCACUUCAAUGGGGCAAUUUUCUUUUCACCACCUGCUGAAGAUUUCGAUUCAAAUCAUGUUGAGAUAUAAUUUGUAUGGGAAGUCUAUGUAAUUUGUACUAUUUUUCUUCUUUGUUGCAAUCACUUCAAUUUCUUCACAUUUCUCCAUUGUUUUGAUUUUAAAGAGUGAUAAAUGCUCCACAGAUCGAGUCAACUCCUUUUUAAGGCAGUCGACCAUUAA